CCAUUAGUCAUUUCUCAAAUGGAAUAGGGCCUACGAAGUAAAGUCAAACCCCGAAAUGGCAUAGGCCGGAGUGAAUUUGCUAGUAAUUCACAAUUUGUCAAUUUCCCCUGCGUGCUCCGGAUCCGCGACGAGGAGAAACUUGCCACUCUUUUAUGCCAAAGCUUCCCUUCAGAGAAAGAGAGUGGAGCGUUACUAAUCCAAGUGUAGAGAUCGGACGGAAAAGCGAGAGGGAGCUGACCCAUUGCGAGGAAGAAGAUGGGUUGCUCGUUCUCGGGGCUUAACGCUCUGUACGACGCCGUCAACGGCGGCGGCGACGUCUGGAUCAACGAGAAUCGCUUCCGGAUCCUCCGCCAGCUCGGAGAGGGUGGCUUUGCCUACGUCUACCUCGUCAAGGAGAUCCUCUCCGACCCCGCCAAUCCCGGCUUUUCCCUUAAAAUCAAGGACCCUUCUCACGCCUCCGAUAAUGGUACUUAUGCACUGAAGAAGGUUCUCAUUCAGAAUAGUGAGCAAUUGGAUUUGGUGAAGGAAGAGAUCCGUGUUUCGUCGCUGUUUAGUCAUCCCAAUCUGCUUCCUCUUCUUGAUCAUGCUAUCAUAGCUGUCAAGGCAUCUGAAGGCCAAUCUUGGAAGCAUGAAGCAUACUUAUUAUUUCCUGUCCAUUUGGAUGGAACCUUGCUGGACAAUGCCACAUCUAUGAAAGCAAAGAAGGAGUCUUUUUCCACAUCCGAUGUUCUUCAAAUAUUUCGCCAGCUUUGUGCAGGACUCAAGCAUAUGCAUAAUUUUGAACCAUCAUAUGCCCAUAAUGAUGUAAAACCUGGCAAUGUCCUUUUGACACAUAGAAAAGGGCAGCCACCGCUUGCAAUAUUGAUGGAUUUUGGAAGUGCUCGUCCUGCAAGGAAGCAAAUAAGGUCUCGUUCAGAGGCUUUACAGCUGCAGGAAUGGGCAUCCGAACAUGUCUCGGCACCUUUCCGAGCUCCUGAACUAUGGGAUUGCCCAAGCCAUGCUGAUAUUGAUGAAAGAACUGAUAUAUGGUCAUUGGGUUGUACCCUAUAUGCAAUAAUGUAUGGAGUGUCUCCUUUUGAGUAUGCACUUGGGGAAUCUGGAGGAAGUCUACAGUUGGCCAUUGUUAAUGUUCAGGUGAAGUGGCCCAACGGGCCUUCGGAUCCUAAAUAUCCCGACGCCCUUCACCAGUUUGUGAAAUGGAUGCUUCAGCCUCAAGCAACUGUUCGUCCCCGAAUCGAUGACAUCAUCAUUCACGUCGAUAAGCUGGUCUCCAAGUUCUCUUGAGAGAGAUGGUGGAGGUGUGGGGAGGAGGACCUAAAGAAGACUGCCCAUAGUCUGGAAUGGUUCACAGCUUAUGUUCCAAAGAAAAAAAAAAGAGAAUAAAUUUUAAAAAUUAAAAUAAUUAUGAAGAGGCAUAGAUUUUCAGUUAUUAGGGACACAUCAUACUGGAAUGAGGUUUUCACUUUUUUUUUUAAUUUGUUUUUGUUUUGAGUUAUUGAAUGGUCAUUUUCUAAUAUUUAUUCUGCCAUGUAAACCGUGUAUAUGUGGAUGCUUGUACUAAGACUCUGGCUUGGCUUUUCUUGUAUUUGCAGUUACAAUACAAGAAAUGUUAGUCUCAAAACAGAAAUACUCUAUCAAAAACUUCACAAACUUCUUGUUUGUGAGCUUCAUUAAAAAAAUGGUACUCUC